AUGUCACUAGCUAAUAGUGACAUUCAUAUAUCAUCAAGAUCAGUAGAGCGGUAUGUACGAGUGAAAUGGAAAGAAGUGCGAGUGGGCGACCUGGUACACUUGUCUAACAACGAGGCGGUGCCUGCGGACAUGGUGCUGCUGCACUCCUCCAACCCGCUGGGCGUGUGCUACCUCGACACCUGCAACUUGGACGGAGAGACAAAUCUCAAGCAACGGAUAGUCGCGCCUGGCUUCAAGGAAAAGCACAAAGAUUUCUGCCCUCAUAAAUUUAGAAGCACGGUAGAAGUGGAACGACCGUCGACCAAAAUAUACAGAUUUACCGGAAUGAUUUCGCACCCAAACGGAUGUCGGGUUCCACUCAAUUCUGAGAACCUAUUGUUGAGGGAGUGCACAAUCAAAAAUACAGAUUACGUAGAAGGUAUCGUAGUAUACGCUGGCCACGAAACCAAGGCAAUGUUGAACAACGGCGGACCAAGGUAUAAAUGCUCAAAAUUGGAAAGAAAAAUGAACACUGACGUCAUAUGGUGCGUCCUAGUGCUUCUGUUCUUAUGCUGCACUGGCGCCGUGGGCUGCAAGAUCUGGUACGACCAGUACAGCCCGCUUUUAUACAAAGUCACCCCUUUUAUAACCUACGCCGACAAACCAGCCUACGAAGGUCUACUCAUUUUUUGGACCUUUAUUAUUGUUCUGCAAGUGAUGAUACCAGUGUCCCUCUACGUCACUAUAGAAAUGACAAAACUGCUUCAAGUGUAUCACAUUCACCAAGACGUCGAAAUGUACGACCCGUUGACUAAUACUCGAACGGAAUGUCGAGCGUUGAAUAUCACAGAGGAAUUGGGGCAAAUACACUACUUAUUCAGCGAUAAAACUGGAACAUUGACAGAGAACAAAAUGGUAUUCAGACGGUGUACUGUUGGUGGAGUGGACUACGAUCACCCACCGGGUCCGCCCGCCGAGCCGUCGCCCGAUCUACCACCUAUCGUCUCACCCAUCACAAAAGUUUCACCAAACCGAAGAAUGCUCCAACAUAUGCUCGAUAUUAACGAUGCACAGCAUACGCAGAAGGUGCGUGAAUUCCUGUUAAUGCUAGCUGUGUGCAACACAGUUGUAGUGAGCCAGCCGCAUGUAGAUGCUAUGCAACUGAGUGGUUCUCAGUGCGGUGGCCAGUUUCCGUCGGAGAAACACGCGCGCACCAACGGCACGCUACGAUCCAAUGACAAGUAUGCCCGCCUAACGGAGUCCCGAUCAACAACUCCGUCACCACCGCCGUCUACAUCGUCUCCGUUACGCAUCCGCUUACCGAAGUUCCCCUUUGGCAGCCGCGACGAUACGAACAGCGAGCCUAGCACUUCGGCGGAGCUACAAUUGGCACGUUUCGAAGCUGAAAGCCCGGAUGAGUUAGCACUAGCCGAAGCAGCCCUAGCGUACGGCUACGAACUACGUAAUCGCUCGCCGGAUGAGGUGGAGUUGGGCAUAAGAGGGGAGGUCACCAGGUUUAAAGUACUUCGAGUGCAGCAAUUUGAUUCCAAUCGCAAGUGCAUGUCUGUGGCCAUGCGGACUCCUACGGGACAGGUAGUGUUGUACGUGAAGGGCGCCGACAGCACUAUCUUCAGCGCGCUGGCCCCGAUGCGCAGCGGGUCGGCGGAGGCGGGCGCGUACGAGCGCACGCGCGCGCUGCUGACGGAGUACUCGCGCGCGGGCCUGCGCACGCUGGUGCUGGCCAAGCGCACGCUGCCGCCCGCGCGCUGGGAGGACUGGCUCGCUGCCCACGCGCGCGCCGCCGACCUCGCCGACGGCCGCGAAAAACGAAUACGCGAGUCCUUAGCGAGAUUGGAAAGCGCAUUAACGCUUGUUGGCGCGACUGGCGUUGAGGAUCGACUUCAAGAAGCUGUGCCGCGGACUGUGCGCGCGCUGCUAGACGCCGGAAUAGUAGUGUGGGUACUGACUGGCGACAAACCGGAGACCGCUAUCAACAUCGCCUACUCGGCUGCGCUUUUCUCACAGAGCGAUCGACUUCUGCAUUUAAUGUCACGAGAUAAGGAGCACGCCGAGUCAACGAUCAAGAGCUACCUGGAGGGCGGCGCGGUGGAGGGCGCGGGCGGGCGCGCGCUGGUGGUGGACGGGCGCACGCUCACGUACAUACUAGACCGGCGCUCCGGACUCGUGGCGCCGUUCCUGUCGCUGGCGCGGCGCUGCUCCGCCGUGCUGUGCUGCCGCGCUACGCCGCUGCAGAAGGCCUACAUCGUCAAGGCGGUGAAGGAAGAACUCGGAGUGACGACGUUGGCGAUCGGGGACGGCGCUAACGACGUGUCCAUGAUUCAAACAGCCGAUGUCGGUGUCGGGCUGUCAGGACAAGAAGGUCGACAGGCGGUGAUGGCGUCGGAUUUCGCGCUGUCGAGGUUCAAAUACAUCGAACGGCUGUUGCUUGUGCACGGGCACUGGUGCUACGACCGACUCGCGCGCAUGAUCCUAUAUUUCUUUCUUAAAAAUGCCACGUUUGUAUUCCUAGUGUUCUGGUAUCAGUUGUACUGCGGCUUCUCCUCCAUGGUGAUGAUCGACCAACUACAUCUGAUGGGCUACAACCUUAUGUUUACGGCCUUCCCGCCGAUUGUUAUUGGCGCGUACGAGCGCGUGGCGCCGGCGUCGCUGCUGGUGGAGCGGCCGGGGCUGUAUGGUGCGGCGCGGCGCGGCCAGGCGUACCGCCCACACUCCUACUGGGCGGUGCUCGCGGAGUCUCUCUACAUCAGCGUCGUCAUAUUCUUCGCCGCCGCCAACGCCUACUGGGACACCGACGUCGACGUCUGGCUCUUCGGCCUCUGUAACAUGACCUGCUGUCUCGUCGUCAUGCUCGUCUACGUGGCGAUCGAGACGCGCAGCUGGACAGUGAUCCACGUGCUAGCGUUGACCGGUUCGCUGGGUUCGUUCUUCGUGCUGACACUCAUAUACCAGUCGGUGUGCGUGUCGUGUUUCAACUUGCCGUCGACGUAUUGCGUGAGGCAGCACGCGCUCGGGCAGCCGACAUACUGGCUGGUGGUGGUGCUGAGCACGGUGGCGGCGCUGGCGCCGCGGCUGGUGUGGCGCGCGGCGCGCGGCUCCGUGCGGCCCGGCGCGCUUGGCCGCGCCGUGCUCGCGCGCCGCCGCCGCCCGCGCGCGCGGCUUCCCUACGCCGCGCACUACCACACCACCACCGCCUCCGCGCACGUCUACAGGUCAACGGACGAGGAUGGUCUCCAAAAAACACAUUCAGACGUUGCCGCCAUUACGUGA